GUCGCCCCUGCCUCGGCCUCAGGAUCGGGUGCGUCCGGCCGCGUGCGACAAACUCGAGUGGGAGCAGGCGGAGGUGCGGCGCGGCCCGGGGCCGCAGCCUUCGCAGGCGCCCGCCGCCAGCCGCGCCUUCGCAGCGAACUCCAUGCAUCCGGAGCCUGCCCCGCCCCCGAGCAGCAGCAAUCCCGAGCUUCCCUUGAGCGGCGGCAGCAGCACCAGCGGCAGCCGCCGGAGCCGCCGCCGCAGCGGGGACGGGGAGCCCUCGGGGGCCCCACCGCUGUCGCCACCGCCCGCCGUCAGCUACCCGGACUGGAUCGGCCAGAGUUACUCCGAGGUGAUGAGCCUCAACGAGCACUCGAUGCAGGCGCUGUCCUGGCGCAAGCUCUACUUAAGCCGCGCCAAGCUCAAAGCCUCCAGCCGGACCUCGGCUCUGCUCUCCGGCUUCGCCAUGGUGGCGAUGGUAGAAGUCCAGCUGGACACAGACCACGACUACCCGCCAGGGCUACUCAUCGUGUUCAGUGCCUGUACCACAGUGCUGGUGGCAGUGCACCUGUUUGCACUCAUGAUUAGCACCUGCAUCCUCCCCAACAUCGAGGCCGUGAGUAAUGUGCACAACCUCAACUCGGUCAAAGAGUCCCCCCACGAGCGCAUGCAUCGCCACAUCGAGCUGGCCUGGGCCUUCUCCACCGUCAUCGGGACGUUGCUCUUCCUGGCCGAGGUUGUGCUGCUCUGCUGGGUCAAGUUCUUACCCCUCAAGAGACACUCAGGCCAGCCAAGCCCCACCAAGCGCCCUCCUGAACCAGCUGUGGUCGCCAACAGUAGCAGUGGUGGCAUCACCCCGGGUGAAGCGGCAGCCAUCGCCUCCACGGCCAUCAUGGUCCCCUGUGGCCUGGUUUUUAUCGUCUUUGCUGUUCACUUCUACCGUUCACUGGUCAGCCAUAAGACGGACCGGCAGUUCCAGGAGCUCAACGAGCUGGCGGAGUUUGCCCGCUUGCAGGACCAGCUGGACCACAGAGGGGACCAUUCCCUGACACCUGGCACCCAUUAUGCCUGAGUCGUUGCCUUCCCACUGGCCCUGUGGAGCUUUCGUCUUACGCCCUUCCCCAUGACCUUGUUCUGGCCCAGUCUGGAGGAUGGCCUGUGCAGGCGACUGGGCUUUACCGGGGCAGUGUGUGGCGGGAAGAGGUGUUUUUUUUUUUUUUAAAUCACUGCACUUUGAGACUUUUCUUCUGUGAGGAUAAGCACUCCCUGUUCUUCCAGCUUGGGUCCCCCUCCUGGUAGGAUGUGGGGAGCAGUGUGUGGGACAGAUGCUGUCUUUGUCCUUUCUCCUCCCCCACACCAGUGCCACCCGGAUGCUUCCUCUGUGUGUGUGUGUGUGUGUGUGUGUGUGUGUGUGUGUGUGUGUGAGUGAAAUGCAUAAAAUAUACUCACAAGGGACACCUC